UUAUCUUUCCGAAAGUUAUGGAGGUUGGGCUUGUCAAUCGUGUGGAUAAUGGGCUUCUUUUGAACUCGCGCUUUUUGUUCUGAAUAACCCAGCCCAUAAUCAAUGUGAAAAAAUUUCUGUCCAGUUUGCCUUUUAAGAGAAAUUACCAAUCCCUAGUUAAUGUUUCCGGUGACCAGUAAAAAGGAGUUUCACAAAUCACAGAGCGUUUAACCUGUACCGAAUCUCAUCCCCGCUUAGGACCUAAAAAUCCCUAUCUUGUAUUCGCCUUCAAUGGGUAAACUUAGCCUCUUUGGCGGUAAUGGGAAAAUGUUAAAUUCUACAACUUUUGCAAUGGUUAUCGUGAUUUAAGUCAACUGCGAAUUUCACACAAACUGCACUUCGCUUACGAAUAUGUGGCGGAUCAAGACGCACUUUGCAUCAGACUUUGUUAUAUGGUGUUGUAGCGGUUGUACGGUUUCCGUUACUGAUGACUGUAGAUAUGUUUUCUAUACGACAAAAAAUUUGAACCCAGGCGAAUGGGCCGUUGAAGAUGGGUCGUCUGCAUUCAGUAAUACAUUCAGAGGAAACAAGUUCCAAUUAUAGCGCACGUUGUGGCAAGUGGCUGUAAUAUUUUUGCCGAACUAUCGAGAUCACACAUUUUUGGAAAAUUCAGUAACAGCUUUAUAACCACCUAUUUAUGUUUGAUGUAGAUACACAUGUGAUUAAAUUUCACAGUCUGGCAACUAAUACCUUUCACAAUAUGACAUCACAUGCUUUUUUGUGAAAUGAAGAUCUGAACUGCUAGUGAGUGUAUCCGAUGUUCGAAAGUUUCCAAAAAUGUCCAUCAAAUAUAUCGCCAAGUCAAACCGUGAAUGCGAAAAGAAAGCUAGUUGUUGAGGCUCUAUCACGUUCCACAAUGGAAUGCAUUAUUUUGAACAACCUCACAAACAAAAAUAGUGUCCGAAAACACUUGAUUUUGCAUUAAACCUCAGCCGUCCAGAAACUCAAACCAGGCUCUGGUUGAGGCGAUUCGCUCGCUAUGUAUUUCACUUGGGAGAAGUAAAUUUAUUUUGCAUUAUUCUUCCUUGAAAUGUUAAAACCCGGUGGCCUAAACCUUGAGGCACGCCUUAUCUGAGUUUAUACCUAACCUGGAACUCCUCUUUUUCCUGCGACUAUCUCACUUUCAUUUGAGCAAUCUUUUUCCCUCCUGGCUGUUGUAUCUAAAAAAAGGAGCAAUGUAGUGUUAGCAGAAAAAUCGCGCCAAGGCAGCCUCGUAUCCCAUAAAACCGUUACUCCAUCUGGCAUGAACAUUGUAACAGGUUGUUUGACGUCUUUGAGCUGUGCCCAAUGGUCUGCCUUUAUGUUGCCUCAGCCGAUGCCUUCGUGAUCAGCGUCGUAUGUUUACCAACUUGUUGAAGAUCUCAUUCAUUUUUACGUACGGUUAACUGAUUAAUGCCAGACUUGUGCGAAUAUCAAUUUUAAACCUGGUCUCACUUAAUAUCUCUUAAUAUCACAUAGGGGUUUGGUUGUCCCGCUCAAUCUGCUGGUCACGUCGGACAUCUUCAAGAUGUAUUACUGUUAAUAUUCAGUAAAUCGCUAAUCAUUUAAUAGGUUUGGGUACACCCAAUGUGAACUUCAUCAAUUAAGUUAGAGAUGAUCAGAAAUACUCAAAAAGUGAAGUGGCUCUAUAUGGAUUUUACACAUAAUAUUCCGCAAACACUAACAAGAAUUACGAUUUUUUGAAUUCUAUUGCCACUUAAAUUGGAAUUUAAGCAGCUAACAAUCAAGAAAGAUAUAUCUCUGAUUGCCCGUUUGGAAAAAUAACUGAAAGCUAUUAAUUUAGCAAGAGUAUUAGGUUCGAAUCUGAAGGAGUCUGAACGAUGAACUGUCUGGUUUUUUUGUGUUGUAAGCUGUUAUCGACACAACUAUCAUAUCUUCAUAGAAAAUGGCUGGCUUCCGAAAAUGUCAUAUCCCAUUGAUAUACAGUAAACAUACCCUAAUGCCUUUUUUGUGAACAAUCCACUCUGCUUAGCGUCCAAAUCUACAUCGAAAAAAUCCACCUACAAAGAAGGGCUUCUAUCCGUAACAGGUGAGGUGUAUAAGGACAAGAGGCCCGUAUACGACACCAAGUGGGAAGACAGUUCAUCUCAACACUACAAACAACUCAACCAAUCCCUAUGCAUAUCGCUGAGAAAUGCUGCCAGGUCGUAUUCGCCGCUGGCAUAUGCAUGGCGCUCUUGUCGAGUUACUAAGGCAAGAAAGCCAGAAGUCACGACGUUCAUCAGUGUGGAUCAAGACGAAGUGAAGAAAAGGAAGACAGACUACAAAGCAAAAGACUUUCUGAACAAUGCAAAUUCAGCCUUGAAGAAAGCAUCAACCACCACAAACACGUACUACUACGGAAAAAUAUCAAAGGUUGGAAACGCUGCUUCGAACUUGCACCUCACGGAGGUUGGGAUCUGGUUUGUUGUCCUAUUCCAGUUAGUGCGUCAUAGGACUGUCAUCAACUAACUGUUAUCAACUAACAUUGUACACAUUUUUGUUUACAAGAACAAUGUAAAAUAAAUCCAUACCUCAGUUCGCAUCAAACUUCCUUCCAUUCAUCGUAUAAAGUCAACUUGUAUCCUGC